GAUUCCAUGAGCAGGACGAAUUUGCACGUAGAUUUUCUGUGAUUUUUUCCAUUUUAAGCUCGCUGUUGACUAGCAAUAUUAAUUAGAUUACUUUCCGACGAUCUAUACCCACCGAUCGAAAUGUGGUCAGAUACGUUGCUGAUCGUAUUUAUAUCCGUGUGCACCGCGUUCCUCGGUGAAGGAUUAACCUGGUUGAUGGUCUACCGGACAGAAAAAUAUCAGAAACUGAAGGGCGAGGUGGAGAAGCAAAGCAAGAAAUUGGAAAAACGCAAGGAAACCCACGGUGAUUCGUUGGACAAGUCACACAAGAAGAAAAUCGAACGAGAUGAGGAAAAGCUGAAAAACAACAACCGGGAUCUAUCGCUGGUUAAGAUGAAAUCGAUGUUUGCAACCGGUUUCGCCUUCACGGCACUGCUCAGCAUGUUCAAUAGCAUUUUCGAUGGUCGCAUAGUGGCUCGGCUACCGUUUACUCCCAUCUCCUGGAUCCAAGGACUCAGUCAUCGCAAUUUACCUGGAGACGAUUACACUGAGUGUUCCUUCAUAUUCCUUUACAUUCUCUGCACGAUGUCCAUUCGUCAGAAUAUUCAGAAGUUGCUGGGCUUUGCUCCCUCCCGAGCGGCCAGUAAACAGGCUGGCGGACUAUUUGGACCAACACCGGGACAGUUCAAGUAGUCACCAACACAAGCAAAGUAUGGAAGAUGCAGUUAAAUGCUUACAGUUUGUUAUUUCGUUUGUGUUUGAUAUGAGAAGUUUGCCAAAAACAAAAGCCACAGAUCGAAAGUUGGACGUUUCUCAAAGCGAGAGAAAAAUUAUGAUUUUUGUUUGUCUUGGGCUAACCACCUCAUCCGAUUAUUUAUUAGACUAGUUAAAAGCUUUCCCUUCCCAACUUGUGUCGUGUUUAUCUCGUUCGCGUAAUCAUCAAAAGUUAACAAUCAUUCUCAUUUUGAAGCGUAGUUUUCCCUACUGAGGUGCAAACGAACUUCUAAUCGAUUAAAUUGUACAUUGUGUAGCGGCAGCGUGAGAGACAUAGAAAAUAAAAUCCAAUUUUAGUUUAA